AUGUACGCGCACCCCGGGGAACCCUACUGCGUGGUGGCGACGGAGGCGGCGGGGCGCGAGGUGCCCCUGGCCUUCCUGGAGAGGAUCAAGGAGGAGUUCAACAAGCGAUACGCCGGAGGCAAGGCCGCCACCGCCACCGCCAACAGCCUCACCAAAGAUUUUGGGCCGAGGCUGAAGGAGCAGAUGCAGUACUGCAUGGAUCACCCCGAGGAGGUGAGCAGGCUGUCCAAUGUGCAGGCCCAGGUCUCAGAGGUCAAGGGCAUCAUGAUGGAAAACAUCGACAAGGUGAUUGAUCGCGGGGAGCAAAUCGACGGCCUGGUGACGAGGACCGAGCAGCUCCACGACCAGGCCAUGGAUUUCAGGACUGAGGGCACGCGGAUCCGCCGAAGGAUGUGGUACCAGAACAUGAAGAUCAAGCUCAUCGUCGCCGGCAUUGUCGUCGCCAUCAUCCUCAUCAUCGUCCUCUCCAUCUGCCAUCGGGACCACUGCAAGUAGCCAUAGCAUAUCAUCCUAGCUUCGUCCACAGCUUGAAUAGAAAAUUUAAGUCUCAAUCGUUGAUUCUAUAAUAUUUACUAUACUACUGGUUCUCGCGAUCGAUCCGAUCAUGUCAAGUCACCUGCCAUGGAUUCAAGGCCUGCUAGUAGGUCUACUCAUCAGCUAGAGAAGAAACACACGGGGAAAUGUAGCCCUUACGGCUCUUUGAAAAAUUCACUUUUGAGAAGUUAACUUUA